CGCACAGACCCCUGUGGCCAGGGCUGACUUCCUCCCACAGGGUCUGGGCGGGGCAGGCAGGAAGGGGCCAUGACUGGCCCUCUUGGCUACCCACCAGAGCAGCAGCUGAGCUAGCAAGACAAGCAGCUGGGCCAUCUUCCCUCCGGGCUUCAGAAUGGAUGUGUGUCAUGCAGAUCCAGCUGAACUUAGCAGUGGAGAGGCCAAGGAGCUACAGCAGAUCAAAUGGCACAGGAAGCAGCUGCUGGAGGACAUCCAGAAACUGAAGGAUGAAAUUGCAGAUGUGUUUGCCCAAAUUGACUGCUUCGAGAGCACUGAGGAGAGCCGGAUGGCACAGAAAGAGAAGGAGAUGUGCAUCGGGAGAAAGAAAUUCAACAUGGACCCUGCUAAGGGCAUCCAGUAUCUCAUUGAGCACAAGCUGCUGACCUCUGAUAUCCAGGACAUCGCCCAGUUCCUCUACAAGGGUGACGGUCUCAACAAGACAGCCAUUGGCAACUACUUGGGGGAAAAGGACCCCAUCAACUUGCAGGUUCUGCAGGCCUUUGUGGAUUGCCAUGAGUUUGCCAACCUCAACCUUGUUCAGGCCCUUAGGCAGUUCCUGUGGAGCUUCAGGCUGCCAGGUGAGGCCCAGAAGAUUGACCGCAUGAUGGAGGCCUUCGCUGCUCACUACUGCCUCUGUAACCCUGGAGUCUUCCGGUCCACAGACACCUGCUACGUGCUGUCCUUCUCCGUCAUCAUGCUCAACACCGGCCUACACAACCCCAACGUGCGGGACAGACCGUCCUUCGAGCGCUUUGUGUCCAUGAAUCGUGGCAUCAACAGUGGCAGUGACCUGCCGGAGGAGCAGCUGAGGAACCUGUUUGACAGCAUCAAGAGCGAGCCUUUCUCCAUCCCCGAGGAUGAUGGUGGUGACCUCACCCACACCUUCUUCAACCCUGACCGUGAAGGCUGGUUACUCAAGCUGGGGGGCCGUGUGAAGACAUGGAAGCGACGCUGGUUCAUUCUCACGGACAACUGCCUCUACUACUUUGAGUUCACCACUGACAAAGAGCCUCGGGGGAUCAUCCCCCUGGAGAACCUCUCUGUGCAGAAGGUGGAUGACCCCAAGAAGCCGUUCUGCCUGGAGCUGUACAACCCCAGCUGCCGGGGCCAGAAGAUAAAGGCAUGCAAGACGGACGGGGACGGCAAGGUGGUGGAAGGCAAGCACGAAUCCUACCGCAUCUCAGCUGCCAAUGCUGAGGAGCGCGACCAGUGGAUCGAGGCCAUCAGGGCCAGCAUCACCCGAGUUCCCUUCUACGAUCUGUUGUCUGCUCGGAAAAAGAAGAUUGUCAGCAAGCAGUGAGCUUCCGGGAGAUGGCGCUGGCAACCCCAUAGGACCUAUGGUACCUGGAGUCACAGAGACACCUCUCACAGGCUGUGCCUGUUCCUGCUCGCGAGCCUGCCCCUCCCCAUCACUGGAACUGGCUGCUGGUGGAUGUGGCUCCUCAAAGGACACAGAGCUCACGGGGAAGCCUGCCAGGAAGGACCUAGGAAGACCACUGUGGCUGUGUUAGGAUGGGGAGAUGAGCCAGCCUAGAGCCCACUACCCAUCUUCUCCCUCCCAGCAGGAGGACCAUCGAUUUCCUGGAGGCUUCCAGCUCAGAGGUUUUCCUUCCCUCAGAUUGUCCAGGCCCUCUCUGCCAUGGACAAGUAUCAGGUCCAUCUAGCUUGGAGCCCCAAAGCUCCAGACAAACCUCUCCACCGAACACAGCCCUCUUCGGGGUCUGACAAAAUGCAGAGUUCGGAUAGGAAACAUCUUGGCCCAGCAGGCUUUGGGUCAGCUUGGCUUCCAGGGGGACACUGAGCUGGAAGGUUCUGAGGAUGCUGCUAGCACUGUUCCCAAGGGUGUUGACCUGAAAGAAUGCGCAGAGGAGACUGUGGCAGUAUCUACAUCGGUGUCAGGUCUAACCUACAGCUGAGAAAAAUGGGAGACGAGAAUGCUUCAGGUUGUGCCCACCAGGAGGGAUGCCUGGAGGCCAUGGCAAGCCAGCUGGUAACACAGGACUCAGGCUUGGACAGACACUUGGCCAUGGCCCACGGCUGGCUACCUGGCUGGCAGAGCUAGGGUAGCCAGGGCUGCAGAAUGGGCCCCUGCUCCUGCCUCCUGCCAGAGCAAGGCCAGAUGUCCAUACACAGCAGGCUGCUGUGUCCCUAGGGAGGUUCCUCUUGGUUGAUGCUUCUCUGCCAGAACACUUGUACCUCUUUUCCUGCCUGAGGAGCCCCCCACCCCACCCCAGGGAAAAGUUCUUCAGCAAGGCAGCAAGAAAUGGGGCUUUCUGUGCCCUGUGCCAGCCUGGACUCUGAGAAGGAGCAGCAGGUGGCCAGGCUGUCCUCACAGCCCACCUGUGUGAACUCUCUACAGGAUAGGAAGAAGAGAAGCACAGUGGGGGUGGGGAGGGGAAGACACACGACUCAGCAGGGACACACACCUGGGAGCUGGGGCACCAGCAAGGCAAACGAAGCUCUUGCUGGGCAAUUGAGGACUUUCUGGUGAGCUGAGCCCACACCAACUGCCCACAUUUGGGGGUUAAGGGGCCCUAAAGUCUUCCUCUGCCUCUGGCAUGUGUGUGCACAGAGGCCGCAUGAUUCUUGUCCCUACCCCUCUCUGGUCCUCGGCUUUUUCCCCAGCACUAAGGUGGUGGGGACAUCAUUUUCUUUCCUGUUGUAACACUUAGAAGCAAGAAUAAAAGCUCAUGACGCAGCUCGUAGACAGAAAGAUAUUCU